CUCCUCUUUUCUGGCUUUUUCUCCACCGCCUCCGUCUCCAUCGCCAUCCAUCGCCUCUCAUUCAUUCAUCCAUUCCAUCACAUCCAAUCCAUCCAAUCUAUCGCUCGUGCUGUUGUCUCUUACCUCCUCGCUCCCCUUUUCCCCUCUCUUCUUCCCCAGACUACCCCCCUUAAUCCUUCUGUCGCGCUAUUUCCGCCUUCUCUCGCUCUCGCUCUGACUGGCCUCCUCUGUGAGGUCCAUCUCCAUGCGAGAUUGCUGAGGUACCAAACCCCUCCCGCAUAUCCAUGGCGUCCGUUUCGCCACCCAAACCGUGGGAGAGGGCAGGCGCUGCUGCUGGGUCUCCUGCUUUGGCAACAUCAUCGGCGGCUACUCCGACCGCCUCAUCCGCGAUGACGGCCAGUUCGACUACUCCGACCGCGGCCGCCAGUGCCUCGGCCCCCACAGCUACAGCAUCCUCAACAUCUACUGCUCCCGAUCUCCCGUCCCGUCCUAAUUCACUGAAUUCUGUUGUCAAUCGCACCGCCUCCAAUUACUCUCCCUACUCGGCCUCCCGGUUCGGCGCAAGCCCUUACGGCGGCUACGGAAGCUACUCGUCGCCGUACUCCCGCUUCGGCACGAUGGGCUCCAUGUACGGAGGCUAUGGCGGCAUGGGAGGAUAUGGCGGCAUGUAUGGUGGCAUGGGAGGCAUGGGGGGGAUGUACGGCGGCAUGCCCGGUGAUCCCAACGAUCCCAACAGCCUGACGAAUUCCUUCAGCCAGAGCACCCAAGCUACGUUCCAGAUGAUUGAGAGUAUCGUGGGUGCGUUUGGAGGAUUCGCUCAGAUGCUGGAGAGCACAUACAUGGCGACGCACAGCUCCUUCUUUGCCAUGGUCUCUGUGGCAGAGCAGUUCGGCAACCUCCGAAACACGCUUGGCUCCGCCCUCGGUAUCUUCACCAUCAUCCGCUGGUUCAAGACUCUGAUCGCGAAGAUCACCGGUCGUCCCCCGCCGGCUGAUGCUACCGCCCUCACUCCGUCCGCCUUUGCAGCAUUCCUCAGCGGCCGCUCCUCCCCCGCCACCCUGCCGGAUGGCACUCCCGCUCCCCCCAAGCCCUCCAAGAAGCCGUUCUUCAUGUUCCUGAUCGCCGUAUUCGGUCUUCCCUACCUGAUGGGCAAGCUGAUCAAGGCUCUGGCUCGGUCGCAAGAGGAACGUCGCCAGCUGAUGCUGGGUCCAAAUGGCGAGCCCGUGCAGGGCCAAGGCGCACCGCUUGACCCUUCCAAGCUUGACUUUUGCCGCGUGCUCUACGACUACACCCCUGAAGCCCAGGAGAGCUCCGGCAUCGAUUUGGCUGUGAAGAAGGGCGACAUCGUCGCUGUCCUAAGCAAAUCCGAUCCGAUGGGUAACGCCUCGGAGUGGUGGCGUUGCCGUGCUCGUGAUGGCCGCGUCGGAUACUUACAGGGACCGUACCUGGAGACCAUCCAGCGCCGCCCACAACAGCAAGCGAUCACCUCGGGCAGCGAAGCCGGCAGUCGCAGCAACUCGAUGCAGGCGAGCGCAUCCGAGGAGAUCGCCACGGAAGCCAAGAAGCCCCAGCUGAAGGGCAAGAUGGGUGAUAUUUCGCCUGAAAGCUUCCAGAAGAGCGCUUUCUACUCAUGAUCAUCAUCCAUCCCUCCAUUCAUCUCCCUCAUCAGCGCGCCCCUCAUACACAUAUUUAUAGUAUCAUAGUUACACUUUCGACGCGCACACUCA